UAGAAUGCUAUUUGAAACUGAGGAGUCUAGUGUGCGCAGAUAUAUGGGCACUGUCACAGGGAUAAGUGAUCUAGAUCCUGUCCGAUGGCCAAAUUCAUAUUGGCGCUCUGUGAAGGUUGGCUGGGAUGAGUCAACUUCUGGAGAGAGGCAGCCAAGAGUCUCUCUUUGGGAGAUUGAGCCUUUAACAACAUUUCCAAUGUAUCCAUCUUCCUUUCCACUUAGGCUCAAGCGCCCUUGGCCUUCUGACUUGCCUUCACUACAUGGUGGGAGAGAUGAUCUUAUGUGGCUUCGAGAUGGAGACAGAGCAAUCUAG